AUGGAAACUGUAGAAGCUGGUCAUGAUGAUGUUAUUGGUUGGUUCGAGCAUGUAUCGGAGAAUGCCUGCAAGGUUCAAAGCGAGACUCUGCGCCGGAUUCUUGAGCUCAACUCCGGAGUGGAGUAUCUGACGAAAUGGCUUGGAACUGUUGAUAUAGAAAAGAUGGACGAUUAUACCUUGGAAAAUCAUUUUACUUCCUUGGUCCCUAUUGUCUCACAUGCUGAUUUAGAUCCUUAUAUUCAAAGAAUAGCAGAUGGAGAGACUUCUCCAUUGCUUACACGAGAANGCCAUAGCGCGCAAACUACUCUUCAGAUUUUCCGAUUAUCAGCGGCUUACAGAUCAAGGUUUUAUCCAAUAAGGGAAGGAGGGAGGAUUCUUGAGUUCAUAUACGCGGGGAAGGAAUUUAAGACGCAAGGAGGGUUGACAGUAGGAACGGCCACAGCACAUUACUACGCGAGUGAAGAGUUUAAAACUAAGCAGGAGACAACAAAGUCCUUCACUUGUAGCCCACAAGAGGUCAUCUCGGGAGUCAAACUCGGACAGGAGUACGAACUUGUUCUUACCACCUUCACAGGUCUCUAUAGGUACAGAUUAGGAGACGUUGUUGAAGUAACCGGUUUUCACAAAGGCACACCGAAGCUAAGUUUCAUAUACAGAAGAAAACUCAUCUUAACCAUCAACAUUGACAAGAACACAGAGAAGGAUCUUCAGAGAGUGGUUGAUAAGGCGUCUCAGCUUCUGAGCCGAACCACAAGAGCAGAAGUUGUUGACUUUACAAGCCAGGCAGACGUUAUAGCUCGUCCCGGUCACUACGUCAUCUACUGGGAAAUCAGAGGAGAAGCAGAGGAUAAGGCUCUCGAAGAAUGCUGCAGAGAGAUGGAUACUGCUUUUGUGGACUAUGGUUACGUUGUGUCGAGGCGCAUGAACUCGAUCGGACCGCUCGAGCUACGAAUUGUGGAACGAGGCACGUUUGGGAAAGUGGCGGAACGGUGCGUUGGGAAAUGCGGUGGCUUGAACCAGUUUAAGACUCCUAGGUGUACGACCAAUUCGGUUAUGCUUAACAUACUUGAUGAUUCUACUAUCAAGAGAUUUCGCAGUUCGGCUUAUAACUAGAAAACCUGAUUUCUAAAUUUAGUUUUGGUGUUUUUAUCUUUCUGAAUCUGUGGCGGCUGUGUUAAUGUACGCAGAUUUGACCAUUUACAAAUGAAGAAUAAAGUAACUUUUUGAUUUAAAA